AUGGACGAACACGAGGUGGAUGUGUAUGAGCAGUAUUACUCGGAGUCGAACGGGCUGUCUGAAACAGCCAGGCAGGAAGAGGAGGACCAAAUUGAACAGCAACAGGCGUACUACCUAAGAAGUUUGCCACUGGAGCAAUUGCCUACGUUGAAGCCUCUCGCCACUGUCCCCUCGGUGGAAAAGCAUUCACGCGACCAGGAUGAGAACCAAGUAAACAAGCGCAGAUGUUAA